GCCAAACGCAUCUCUCGCGCAACAAGUGGUCGGCACUCUCACACGCUCAUUGAGCUGCAAGAGAGUCGCAACGCGCUUUGACUUCCCCACCGACCCAGAGAAGGCAACGGUUCAUUCCAGCAUCCGCGGAGCAGGGAUUUCAGCGGAAAGAAAAUGGGUGACAAUGCAGGUGAAGCCGAAAAGAAAGUUGAAGUUGUGCCAGAAUGGAUGACCGCAGAAUUUUUCCAGUCUGUAUUGCAACGAGAUUUCCCAGGCAUCAAGGUAAAAAAUAUUUAUGCAGAACCAGCAGUGGCAGCAGGCGAAAACUACGCGUGCAUCGUGCACAGGGUGAAAGUAGAACGCGGAGACAACGGCGAUGACAUGUCGCUAAUAGUCAAGAGUUUGCCGACCUCAGAGUUUCGCGCUGCAAUGGUCCGCGAGGGCGAGAUUACUUUGCGUGAAGUACGCAUGUACAAGGAGCUCCUGGCUCUCUUAGGUGAUCCCUGCAACCACCCGCGAUGUUUCUACGCUGAGAUGGACGACAUUAAGGACGCCGUCGUGCUAGAGGACCUCAGACCCUUAGGCUACAGAACCAGGGACAGGAAGUUAGGCCUCGACCUGGCGCACACCAAGCUCGUCAUGGAGCAGAUUGGAAGGUUGCACGGCGCAGGUGUCGCGCUCAGAAUCAACGAGCCAGAGAUGUUUGAAAGAGAUUUUCGAAAACGAUACCCUGACACCAUGUUUUCGGAUCUCAACCGCGAUAAAAUGGCCCCUUGGGCCAAGAUGACCAUGGUUGCACUGGCCGACGCCAUUGAGUUCAACCUUCCGUUCAGAUUCCACGAGCUGGCUUCCAUCACCAGGGAACUCGGUCCAUGCGUAACGGAGCUGAUGCAGGAAAACAUGCGUCUGCCUGAAGACCCUGAGCAGCGGGACAAUAUCGUGUACACGCUAACCCAUGGCGACACCUGGAGCAAUAAUAUUCUCUUCAAAUACGUUGAUGGAGAACAAGAUCCGCAGCACUGUGUUCUGAUCGAUUUCCAAAUGAGCAGAGUCGUGCCCGCGGUCAUUGACCUUCUAUACUUUUUCCUCUCAAGCACAAACCAAGAUUUGCGGAAUAAACACUUUGACGAGCUGUUGCAAAUCUACAUCGAUUCGGCUAAGCAGGCCAUGAACGAGAGAGGAAUCACCUAUGCUGGAAAGUACUUCUUUGGUUCUGUCGCUGAUGUGAAAAAGGACUUCAAGAAGUAUGCAAUGGCGGGCUAUUUACUGGGCUGUUUCAUCAUGCCAAUUGUGAUCGCGAACUCAGAAGAUGCACUUGACCUUGACGCUUUAACUGAGGAUGACUUGUUGAAAAUGGAACAGACGCCAAUGCUUAAAAUGUACUCGGGCCCCUUGUUCUGCAGGAGGUUCAGAGAAAUAUUAGAGGACUGUGAUGACCUCGGAGUUUUUAAAGCUGGUUCUUGGAAAAAAUAUGUUACAGCUGAUCCCGUGGAAGAAGUAAAAAAUGGAGAACCGAACAACUAAUUGAAAGAGAGUGCGAAAGUUGCAAAAGAUAAUCUGGAGACAUGUUUAAUAAAUCGGUUAUGAUUAAUAAAUAGUA